GGCGGGGGAGGAUGGAGUUUGUGAUACCAGUGACGAGGGACGGUCUCAAGUGUGCCGAUUCCGCGGGUCAUUAUGUCGUUGAGGAGUUCUUCAAUGUCAAGGAGCUGCCGUACAAAAUUCGAGAUGCCUUCUCCUCUGCAAAGAGAAGUGCGGAUUUCAUUGAAGCAAACUUUGAUGUUCUCUAUGGUGGAUUGGAGAAUUUCUCCCAUCUCUCACUAGAAACUAAAGAAGAUGCAUGGAAUUGCAUCAGCAUAGGGAUGCAGGAGUUGAUCAGUGAACUCCAUCAAGCUCUUGACCCUGAAGAGCCUCUGGACGGUGAUGUACAACUCAAGUACAGGAAUAUGCUGAAAAUGCUAAUUUAUCUCAUGGUCCAGUACAUCUACGAAUAUGAAGCUGAAGAUGCAAGGAAUAUCAGAAAUGACAUUGGGAAGGGAAGGGGCAGAGGCAAGGUGAAAGCAUCAGAGGAGCCGGAUUUCUGGCCGAGAGUCAAGGACAGGGCAUUGCAUCUCUUAUAUGAGGUGGCCUGCCUUCCACUUCAUCUCCUUUGGAACACUCCAUUGGUGGAUGAAGAUUUCAUCAGGUGGGAGCCCACAAUGCUUCAGUAUUUUGAGUCAUCUGUCAUCCCCCUGGCACAAGGACUGGUUCAUGUCAGCCAAGAUCUAGAGGGGAAAAUGAUUCUUGGGGAAUUGGUUCGUGAAAUAGGCCGUAUGGAUGUGGGCAUAUUGGCCCGUGACACAUCUACGACAAAACACUAUGCUCAGUUCAUCACAGAGGUUGCAAAUAUUUCUCCCGACCUGCUCAUCCCAUCCAUGACAUUUCUUGUUCCCCUGCUUGAAUGCGAGCCCUACACAGUACGAAGUGCAGUACUGGAAGUGAUGGGUGAGAUUGUUGGAAGAGUCCUCUGUGCAGAGGGCCUGGAGAAGAAGGAGCGAAAGCUCCGUGAUGAAUUCUUGGAGUACUUACUUGAUCACAUGUGCGAUGUCAAUGCCUUUGUCCGAGCUAAGGCAAGUUUUGUAAUGCAGGUAUGGGGGAAAUUAAGUGCUGCUGGGGCAAUCCCCCUCAAGUACCAGCCAACAGUAUUAAACAAGGCCAUCCGGCGGGUCAGUGACAAGGCAGCCACAGUGAGGAAAAAUGCAAUUCAACUCAUCAUGGCCCUACUUCAAGGCAAUCCCUAUGCUGCUGCAUUACCCAUAGAUGAUGUGCAAAAGCAGUUGGCUGAGGAAACAAAGAAGUUGCAGGCAAUGGAAGAGGAAUAUGUAUCAAAGGAGAAGGCAAGGUCUGAUGCCUUAUCAGAUCCUGCCCAGCUCUGGCUGGAAAUGUUCCCUCAUGUCUUGGAGGCUGCUAAGGAGCACCUAGAAGAAGGGAAUAAGGAGAAUUUUCCUGACUCACUGGAAUUUGCCCUUCGCAUCAACCAGGCCAUUCCUGCCCUUUGCGAUCUCCUUUCUUCAGAACAGACAUCUGAUGUCUUUGAGACCAUUGAUUUCUUUGUGGUUGCUAUGCAGUUCCAGUUUGAGCAGGCCAUCACUGGUGUGCGUCGGAUGCUGAAUCUUGUCUGGUCGAAGGAGAAGUCCAUCCAAGAGGCUGUUCUCAAGGCUUAUCGCACCCUGUAUUUCGAGGAGAAGGAGGGAAAAAGUGCAAGGUCCAACGCAGGGAAGGUUGUGUCACACUUGAUCAAGUUGGCAUCUUCAGCUAACCUGGGUGAAUUGGUGUCCCUAGAGAACCUCAUUGUGGAACUGGUUCGAGCUGGAGACAUUAACAAGCAGAUGCUCCAGAUUCUUUGGGAACGAUUCACCAGAGCACAACCUGGAAUAACAGAGCAGGAGUCAAGGACAGCUCUACAGCUUCUUGCCAUGGCUGGCAGUGCAAAUCCAGGCAUCAUAGCUACAAACUUGCAAGUGCUUAUGGAUGUGGGACUGGGACCAGGAGCAAAGGAGAACCAUCUGCUUCCUUGGCUCACCUGCAAGGCCCUUUUGAAGCUUCAAGUGCGCUACAGUGGAAGGACCGUCUCAAAGGACGGAGAAGAGCUCUCACCCCGCAUGCCCCCUGAUCACAAGCUCUUUCAGCUUUUGCAAGAUCUCCUGGUUGAUGAGUUUCUCAAUGAGAAGGAUGUUCAUUACACUCCCAUGGCCUUGGAGGCCAUCAAUGUUAUUUACAAACUAUCUGACCUGCCACACCAAAACAGCUCUGUGAUCCUAAAGGGCUGCCAAUUGAAGGUCUUUUCAAAAGAGGAGAAGCUCUGUUCGCUUCCACUUGCUCGACUCUUAAGCAUGGUGGGCCAUGUUGCUCUCAAGCAAAAAAUGUUUCUCAUGAAUGAUGUCUUCCAAGAACUGAAGAGACGUGAUGCUGCCCGAGAGGAGACAGGCAAGGACCGAACCAAGAGAAUUACCUCUCGAGCCUCCAGGGCGUCGCGGGUUUCUAACCCAGCCAACGUCUCCUCAGCGUCAAUGCUAGAUGGAGACCAAGAGCUGGGGAUGCUGGGUGCAACAGCACAUGAUUCUAAUUUUGAAUCAGUGAAAGAGGAAUGUGAAGGUCUUUUAUACAGUGGUUACCUGGGUCACUUCAGGGGACUGGUGGUUGAAAUCUGCUCCAAGCUCUCCCAGUACACAGAUAAACGACUGAAGACAGCUGCCUGUGAUGCCUUGGGCAAGUUCAUGCUCACUUCCUCGCGAUUCUGUGAGGACCACAUCCAGUUGUUCUUCACAAUACUGGAGAAAAGUGAUAUUGAAGAGAUUCGUGGGAAUUCAGUCUUGUAUUGCCGAGAUCUCAUGAUUCAAUAUCCAAAUGUAUUGGCACCAUGGACACCAUACAUCUAUCGCAGACUACAUGACACAUCUAACCUAGUCAAGAAGCAGACUUUGAGAGUCUUGAAUGAACUGGUGCUCAGUGACAUGAUAAAAGUUAGAGGUCAAAUUUCAGAUGUUGCCCUCUGUAUCAUGGACCCUGAUCCUGGUGUUUCCAAUGCAGCUAGACUGUUUUUUGUUGAACUGGCUGGGAAAGGCAACUCUGUGUACAAUGUAUUGCCUGACAUCAUCUCCCGCUUGUCAGAUGCUGAAGUUGGUACCAGUGAAGAGCACUUCCAAAACAUUCUCAACUUCAUCAUCACGGUGACCCAGAAGGAGAAGCAGAUGGAUGGAUUGGUGGAGAAGCUGGUGAACCGGUUCCCGGCUGCCACGACGGAGCGGCAGUGGCGAGACAUGGCAUACUGCCUCUCCCUUCUGAAUUACGGUGAAAAGAGUCUCAAGAAGCUGCAGGAAAAUCUCCCUUGCUAUGCCAAGGCCCUGUCUGAGCCCAAGGUCUACGAGCACUUUGUCAAGAUUCUCACGGGGUGCAAGAAGUUCAUCAAGCCUGACAUGAAGCGGGUUAUGGAGGAAUUUGAAGCACAAAUCAAGGAGUUCCACGAGAAAGGACUCGAUGACGUGACAGCCUCUAAGAGAGCCCGCGAUGCUGUCAGACGGCAAAGCAACAGGAAUACUCCAAAAACACCUCGGUCGCCAACAAAACAACGAACGAGGAGACAGUUGCCUUCAUCAUCAUCAGAGGAUGAGGAAGAGGAGAGUGAAGAGGAAGAUGAGGUAACCAAGAGUGAUGAAGUACCAGUGGUGAGAAAAAAUCCCAGGGAAAGGAAAAGAGGAGGGAAAAAGAACGAGGAGGAGAUUCAGAGCGGAAGCGACGCCGAAGACUUUCAGCCUCCUUCCACCAAGAAGACUCAGCCCCUUUCGACGAAGAAGACCCGGCCCCUCACGGCCAAGAAGACGCGGCCCCUUGCGACCCAGAACACCCAAACUCCAGGCAGAACCCUCCGCUCCAGCAACUCCAGUACCAGUACUUCCAGUACAAGUUCAAGCAUCUCCUCAUCGACUGUCAAAAAGAGGAUCCUGAGAAGAGGUCAAGAGAAGUGACAGCCUUUAUUUCCAAGUUCAAGGAUCUCCUAUCUAUGCACAUAUGUACUGUAACUAGUUUUGAUAGCUUUAUUGCCAUCAUUGUCAUUUAUUU